AUGAAAUCCAAAAGACUUUUUAAUUUGCUGCUGCUGCGCAAAAAAGAAAGAGUUUCCCCCACGAGGCUUUCCGGCAGCUGCGGCCGGUACCGCCGCGGCGCUGCAGCAGCAGCGGCGGUCCUGCAGCAGCAGCAGCAGCAGCAGCAGCAGCAGCAGCAGCAGCAGCAGCAGAAGGAGAAGGAGGUGCAGCGAGGGUUUGGGGGGGAGGAUGCGCGGGAAGGACUUAUGGGGGGGAGCGGGGUUGGGGACUGA